GGCACCUUACUUCCUUUCCGAUUUACUUCGUUGAAACUGUAUUAUAUUCGUGUUUUUUGGUAUCUGAAUCAUAACAAUGGGGACGAGCACAUGUCUCUAGAGGGAUUAGUCCCUGGAUAACAAAAACUCCCCGUAACCAUGCUAACCUCCACUCCGAAGAUUAAGAAUCAGAACAACGUCCCACUUCUCAUAAGCACACAGGCACAAUCUCCUCCUCAAUCCCACACUCAAAUCUUGAAAACUCCACACACCUUUUACCCAGCCAGUGACGUCUGCUGUGGGUCUAUUGAAUUCUCUUUUCAUACCCCUACAAGAACAAACUAGUCACGCAAAUGCCGUUGGUUUAUGGUCGAAGAGUAAGAUUCUUCAUUUAAUUCUGACAAUAUCAUCCAAUCAUAUAAACUUAAAUUUACUCUCACUUAAUGAUUCAGUCACCGCUUUCUUAUAUGGGUCUUUGCUACUCAUGAUUUCGAUGCAGAUCUCAAGCCCAAUGCUUGGGUGCUCCACACGAAAACAUUCAACUCUCACAGCAUCGUGAUCCUACAACCAACGAGCCUUGAAAUUCCCUGUAAAAAUGGUGCGCCAAACUGACACUUUCCCUGUAGGCGGUUACUUCAAUGACUAGGUCACAGCUUUUAUGCGGGUUUCCUAAAACUGUCGUUCCGACGUUGGAAGAUUAAGCAUGUGUGAAUGUGGACUCUACUCUCCUUCUUCCACAGAUGCUGGAUCCACUGGGUAUGUAAGACAAAGGAUGGGGGAUUGAUCAACAGGUAUAUAGCAAGAGAUCUUCCCCCUCGUUCCAAUUUUCCAUUACCUUCAUCCCAUAUCUCCUGCCUCUAUUUCUCCAGGCCCCCACAAGUUGAUUUCAGUAGCGCAAAAGCGUUGUGUUUGACAGACUUUGAUAGUUGCUGGCAGAACCAGACGUUUUCGAAAUCUUGAAGAUUUCCUCCCUCAGAUACACCAUACACCAUAGGCAAUAUGCCCUCUCCUGAGGUAUCGCCAACGCAAAAGACCUUUGCUGGUCUUCACGGCCGCAAGCUGGGUCUCUUGGUCUCAACAAUCGCCACAACUGGAUUCUUGUUGUUUGGAUAUGAUCAAGGUGUUAUGUCAGGAAUCAUCGCCGCAGACCCUUUCAACAACUACUUCCCUGAGACCAAAGACAACAGUGUUUAUCAAGGUUUCGUAACAGCUAUCUACGAAAUUGGAUGUUUGCUUGGUGCCAUUUUCAUUUUGUGGUAUGGCGACUCAACCGGUAGAAGAAGAGCUAUGAUGCUCGGUGGAGUUAUCAUGAUUCUUGGAGUUAUUGUCCAAAUCACUGCUAUUAAGGGCUCCAACGCAACUGCUCAAUUCAUUAUUGGUAGAACGAUCACUGGUAUUGGAAAUGGAAUCAACACAUCCACUAUCCCCACUUAUCAAGCAGAAUGCAGUCGAUCUACCAACCGUGGUUUACUCAUCUGUAUUGAAGGAGGAGUGAUCGCUUUCGGUACUAUGAUUGCUUACUGGAUCGAUUACGGUGCUUCUUAUGGACCAGAUGACCUUACCUGGAGAUUCCCAAUUGCUUUCCAGGUCUUCUUCGGUAUCAUCCUCAUUGUCGGAACUUACUUCCUGCCAGAGUCUCCAAGAUGGCUCUUAGCUAAAGAGCGCCACGAAGAGGGUCUCGAUGUUAUUGCCGCUCUCUCUGGUCUUGAACACAAUGAUCCCCAAGUUCAAUUGGAGAAGACUAUUAUCAUGGAUAGUAUCAUGGCAUCAGGAGCCGCUACAAAAACUCCUUUCUCAGCUCUUUUCACUGGCGGUAAAACCCAACAUUUCCGCCGCAUGCUUCUUGGAUCAUCUUCGCAAUUCUUCCAACAACUCGGUGGAUGUAACGCAGUUAUCUACUAUUUCCCAAUUCUCUUCGAAACCUCCAUCGGUACCUCGAAGAACUUGGCUCUUCUCCUUGGAGGCGUCAACAUGAUUGUUUACUCUAUUUUCGCUACUGUAUCCUGGUUCAUCAUUGAGAAGGCUGGUCGUCGCAAGUUGUUCAUCAUUGGUACUAUCGGACAAUGUCUUUCCAUGGUCCUCGUCUUCGCUUGUCUUAUCCCACAAGAUGGAAAAGGACCAAGUGCCAAGGGCGCUGGUGUUGGUCUCUUCACCUACAUUGCUUUCUUCGGGGCCACCUGGUUGCCACUACCAUGGUUGUACCCAGCUGAAAUCAACCCUCUCCGCACCCGUGCUAGAGCUAAUGCCGUCUCAACUUGUUCCAACUGGCUUUUCAACUUCACCAUUGUUAUGGUCACACCUAUCAUGAUUGCCAAUAUCUCUUGGGGUACAUACCUCUUCUUCGCUGUUGUCAACGCCUGUUUCAUCCCAAUUAUCUAUUUCUUCUACCCAGAAACCAAGCGCAGAUCUCUCGAGGAAAUCGAUAUCAUUUUCGCGAAGGGAUUCGUCGAAAACAUUUCAUACGUCAAGGCUUCUCAAGAUUUGCCAUACUUAUCCCCAGUUGAGAUUGAGCAGAUGGCAAGACACUAUGGCUUUGAAACCGCAGAUGUUGAGAGCAGAAGUACAAGUGAUGCCGAGAAAGAGAAGCCAGAGUGGGAGGGAAGAGAAAGACAGAGUCGCAGCGAUGGAGAUGAGGUUACAGCCGUUCCUCAAGCUCAUCAUGGCAAUGCCGCUCAUGAUGGAUUCAAAAAUGAUUAAUUGCUGAACUUCUAUUGAUGUUUGCACGAGGAGAGAGGCAGUAAUGGACGCGAUUGGGAUCUGGAUAUCAUGAUUUAUGGAUGCUUGGUUGUCAUUCAUGGUAUUAUACCCUUGGCGUUCUUUUUAUUCUCUCUGUUUUUUUUUUGUUUUUUUUUGCUUUUUUAUGUAUUUGGCCAGGAUAAUAAUGUUUCUUAUCCUGGAUGAGUUGAAAGUUAUGAUUUACUGAAGGGGGACGACAAGUCUUUAUCUCUUGGUCUGUGGAAGAUCAUGACAUUUAUAGAUGAGGUGAACAAAUGGCGGAGGACAGGUUGAAGAUGAUACCCAGGAUGCAAAAGUAAUUAGGUUAUUGAAUAGAAUUACUUCAUUUCAAUUUUCA